CUCUGUUCUCUUUUCCUUUUCCACGUAGAACAACUCUUUUGUCUUCGCUACUGCACACACCGGAAAAGUACAAACUGAAAGCCGCGCCGCCUCUCUCCUUUCCAGUCUGCCGCUGCCCUCCGUCCAAGCACAAAGUUUCUUGAUUAGGCUGGUGGUGUUGCUUGAUUUCCAAACCUAGUGUUCGUUGAUUCAUGUCAGUUUUGACUAACCUACAAAGUUGAGAGAACAGAGAAGGGCUCGUCGGGGCACUUGACGCCGCUGAGAAGACUUUUGAAUUCAAAAUCCAAGUUUUGGGAAGAUUAAGUGUUUAUGUAUACAAGCUGACUACAAUACGUUGUUGAGAAAUUAUCAUCAUAGAAGUAGUAGAUAUGGUUGUUAAUGGGAGGAAAGCUGGGGUCUCAACAGCUGCACCACACGAACUUAAUGUGCGGAAAUUUGCAGAGUCUAGAGCUGCGGAGCUCAUGGGCCUGCACUCUCUUAUUGCUGAACGUCUGGAAAACAAUUUUCGGUCCCAAAGGAACAAGAGGAGGAGAACUACAGGUCACGAUGAUAGGGUAGCAAAAAAGAAGUUUAGGAAGAGAAGAAGAGUUGCAGCAGAAGAUAAGGGUAAAAUUGAUUCUGUCAGUAAAGAUGAAAAAAAAAAUUCUCGUCGUGUUCGAAGAAAUGUCGAACUUAAGAAGAAUCCGUUGAGUGGAUUUGGUACUUCAGGGGAUGGGACCAAGAGACUAAGAACACAUGUAUGGCACGCAAAACGGUUCACAAUGACAAAACUUUGGGGAUUCCACAUUCCUGUUGGCCUGCAUGGCAGAGGAAGAGGUUCAAGGGCUCUCCUGAAAAGAUUAAAACACGGAGUACUUGUGCAUGACGCAAGUUAUUAUGGCUGUGUCCAGCUUGAAGGUCCAGAGGACAUGCUGGUGUCAGUUCUGAGUGCUGUGUUGAUGCCUUCUCCAUCAGCAUGCUCUCAAGGAGUUUCACAUGAUAUUCUUGCUGGCACCAUAUUGGGAACUGCUAUGUACAUGUGGCGACCUGUGCAGCAGAUCUCUACUAAUACAGGAGAUGUUAGCGUAGACGACUUUCAUGGAGAGCAAAACAUGGAUGAUAAUACUAUUAUCCGCCAGGUUUGGGUGUGGAUACAUGCUGCUGCUUUUCAAGAAGCAUAUGAUGCUUUGAGUUCUGCCGUUGAAAGGAAGACAGAUAAAGCUCAAUCAGCUCGUUUUGUUACUCGUGAGGGGCAGCUUGCAAAACUGGAACUGAUGGGAUCAAAAGUAUUUCAAUUGCUUCAAAAGACACUGCUUCCUGCUAGCGGUAGUUCUGAGAACACUUGGCAUCUGAAGACAUGUUCAGUUGAUAAGCAUGAUGAUUUCGGCGAAUCAGAGAAGACAUCCAUUUUUGAGAACAGCCAGAUUUCAUCUUCUGCAGUUGUUUCAUUGGUUGUGAAGGACCCCCGUGCAUUGACUAAAAAAGGAAAUGUGAUUGUUUCUGGACAAAAUCCACUUGGUCUAUUAAGUAAUGAAGAAUGUCAAAUUAAGGAGCAAACUGUUCCAUCAUUCCCUAAGCAUGAGGCCGAGUGUGCAUGUGAGGACAAUGAUUUGUGGGAUACCAGCAAAGGGGUAUGCCCUCCUGUGGAAGAAAGUUUUCUCUCUACAGAAAAGUAUCAUCAGCAUAAGGAGUUUAUUUGCCUUGGUCAUAAAAGCUCAGAGCCUCAAAAUGCUUCUGUUGAUGGAAAAUACUCUUGGGUGUGCCCUAUUUUGCUAUUCAAAAAUGAGGAGCAUGAAGACUCAAUCACAAGGUACAAUACAAUUAAUCCUUCAAUUUCUGCUUCAAUAAUAAACUGGAAUACGGUGUGUGGGUAUGACCUUGUGGAAGAAAAGAAGUCAUAUGCAGAUCAAAUCCUUCUAAGCAAAAGAUCUAAAAUUUCUCCACAACAACUGCUAUGCACUAUAAAGGGAACGCGGUUCUGUUUGCUCUGGUGUUCCAUUAUUCUCCCUCUGAGUUGGGUUAAAGCAUUUUGGCUUACUUUUUUGUCCAAUGGUGCUCAUGCCAUAGGUUUAAGAGAGAAGCACUGGGUUGCUUGUGAGCUUGGUUUGCCGCACUUUCCCUCAGACUUUCCCGAUUGCAAUGCAUACUCUAAUGUUAUGGCAAUCGAGGCAGCUGCACUUAGCCAAAAAUCAAGGCUCCUUCCUCCUUCUAAAAGGCCACUGGAAGUUCCAAUAGCACCUCCUUGGGAUUGUGUGCAACUAACUUCUGGAAGAAGAUUGAGUGAAGUAGGAAAUACAGGUAGCCAAGUAGAAGAACUUGGCACACAAGAUGAAAAAAUUGACGUGUCAAAAAGCUUUAGCUAUGAAAAAUUGGAGACCAGCAAUUCUGAUUGUCAUGGUGUUCCAUUUGAGGGCAUUAUAGCAAGGACAUCCAGUAUGCUGAAUGAUUUCUUGAACAUCAGUGGUGAUCAUUUGCUUUUAUUUCCAAAAAUUCAUAAUCAGAAGAGUUGCUUGUAUAAAUUAAUGAAGGACGAAGAAUUUCUCAAAGCAGACACUACCAUAUCAGAAUUGCAGUGUGGCAAAACACAGUGCUAUAUCCGAGUUCUUCUGCGUGCUCAUAAGGAAGGUGUUUUUGAACAAGGAGCAGUUGUAUGUGCACCCCAUGUUGCUGACAUAAUGUUGUGGACAGCCAGAUCACAAAGUGACAACCAACAACUUCAAAUCCCUCAGUCUUCAUUAAAAUCAUACUUUCUGCAGUUGCCAUCUGGUAAAUGGGAACUUCAAAUACCUGAGGAUCCGACUCUCCAUGAGACCUUUAGGUGGCCGAUUGGCUUUAUUACGACCGGUUUUGUUCGGGGAAGCAAAAGGGCAACCGCAAGCGCCCUUUGUGAGGCCAGCUUACUCUCUGGGCUUCGGAAGGAACAAUGGAAGGCUUUACCUGUGAGGCAGAGGAGGAAGGAGAUAUAUGUUCUGGUCAGGAAUCUGAGGUCCACAGCCUACAGACUUGCUCUCGCGACCAUUGUUCUUGAACAACAGGAAGAAGAUGUCAAAUUCAUGUGAUCUCUUGUCAGCACUUGCCUGCAUAUUUACAUUGAUUAUGAGUGUUAGUGAACUCGUCAGGCAAUUCGAUAUUUGGUGAGGUUUGGGAAGAAAUGAUUCCAUGAUGUGCAGAGUACUUCCGUAUUAGCAGAGAUCUGCAGAUUGGAAGGACAUUUUUUAUAUGCAAGGUCGUAGUCCAGCCCCUAUUGAGGAUGAACACGCCUGCCUAUAUGAAGAUCAACCCGCCCAAUACAAGAGCUGGAAAGGCAUAGAGGGUGUGUUACAAUAUGCACGCCCAUGUUUCAGAGUGUGCAGUAGGUUUCUAGUAUCUUGCGAGAGAAAUUGGCAUUAUUUAAGAAUCUUUGUGGUCUAAGGAAGUAAUUAAUUCACCUUCAUUGAUUGAAUGAUCAAUGACUAUAUCAACAUGUUCUUGCGGAAUUCUUCUCCAGAUGAAUCUGUUUGUCUGAUUGCUACUUGCCUCAUGAUGAGCUGAAUUGUUGAUUAGGAUUGCAAGGUUGGAUAAUAGAAAUAAGGUAAUUACUAGUAUUCCUAGUUUUUAAAGGAAUGACACCCGAUGCUCGUUGAUUUGCCUAAAUGACUUGUAGUGUUGUUUUUGGCGCUGUGGUUAGGGGCUAGGAGAUUAAGAAAGUUGGGUAAAGGUAAAUUUCAUUAGUAAAAGUGAGUGAUACAAUGUUGAUACAACAAUAGGAACCUGUAUUCAUAGCUAGGCUAAUCGGCUAAGUACCAAGGAGAACAUGGCCUAGAGCACGGCUGUGUUGUGGCCCCUGUAACACAUUGUUUAAUCUUGCCAGGCUAUUUUUCCAAGCUCUAAAUGCAUAAACCACCUCUAAGGAUGUGGGACUGUAUUGUACAAGAAGCCUAUGUCUAACCUGCUAUGCAACAAGUUCAGCGAUGCCUCUGGUUGUGUUUUGAAAGAUGCUGCAGUUUCUUUGCCGCUAGAGAUGAUUGCCUAAGGACACACGUGCUGCCCGGUUCGCAGCAUUCACCAAGUGUUUAGCUCUCCAUUUUCUGGCAGCCUAUUGAGAAAGUUAUGGUUCUAUUACUCCAAUCGCUUCUCUUGUCCUAAUUCAAGUUAGUUUUUCUAGUUACCUCUUCCUCUUCUCCAUUGCAAUUCUUUCUGCAUAACCUCAGGAAAUUCAUUAAAGAGGACCUGAAAUUGAAAUAACUCUGCUACAAAUUUCAAGGGCACAA